AUGGCCCUCAGACGGGACGACGACGACGACGAGAAGACUGCGGAGCCUGAGGCGCGGCGUCAUCAGGUGCGUUCUAUACACUGGUGGCGCGGCGUCGCGAAGAAGCGCGGCCUCUCUUCUUCUUCUUCUUCUUCCACGGUGUUCACGCGCGCGACCAGAGCCGCGCUCGACGCGGACUGGGACGCGGAGGACGAGGACGAGAUCGAGAGGGAGUGGCGCGCGUUGGGCGUCGGGGCGGGCCCGCCCGGGUGGUACCGGCAGCCGUUUCUCGGCGUGCGCGGCGGCGACGACGAGAAGUUUCGCCAGACCUUGGCGUCGGCGGGACGGUAUCGACCGACCGAAUCGGACGACGCCGCGCGCGCGAGCGCGACGCGCGCGAAGGAGACCGCGCGCGCGAUGGAGGCGGCGGAGGCGUUGGCGAGGAAGCGCGGCGAAAACGUGCGGCGGAGCGCGGCGUUCAGGCGCGUUCUAUCUCACGCUGGUCCCCACGCGGCUGCGUCGGCGCGGUGCACGCCGACCCUUGAGAACUUUUGCCGGCGUUCGUGUCUCUCCGCCCACCCCUCGGUUUCAAUCCCGACACACCUCGACGCCUUUCAACUCCGCUUCUGA